AGCUUAAAAGGUCUAUGCCUGCAGAUCUCAAUUAGUACUGUCCAAGACAUCAGGCUGAUCGUGAGACGUUCAAAAUCCUUUCAAAUACGUGUAGCACGUAUAUCCGAGGAGUUCAAAUUCAAAGUGGCUGGAUAUAAAACUAGUAUCGAUGGCUUCGAUAAAACUAGUAUCGUUCGAGGAGGAACUGAAAAAAAAUCCUGAAUUGAAAGAGGCAGAUAUUCAAAUGUUGAGAGAGUGGUGCGAAAAACAGCCUCACUUGCCCAAUAUAUCAGACAGCGAAUUAGCAUUGUUCUUGCAUAGCAAUUAUUAUCGACUCGAACCAACAAAAACUACUAUCGAUGCUUUUUACACAGUUAGGACUCACGUACCUGAGUUCUUCUCCAAUCGAGAUCCUAAUAACAAUAAGGAACUCAAAAAAGCAACUGAAACGGUAACAGCACAAGUUUUGGAAGGAACUACUAAAGAAGGCUAUAAUAUCAUUUAUGGAAGACUCCUAGACAGCGAUCCAUCGCAUUUUGUUUACAACGAUGUGAUGAAAUUGCAAAAUAUGGUAAUCGAUCUAUGGCUUUACACCGAGGGCACUUGCGAAGGCAACAUAAUAUUAAUUGACAUGAAAAACGUUUCUUUCGGUCACGUCGGCCGUUUGAGUCCUAUGGGCCUAAAGAAAUGGCUCUACUAUCUACAAGAAGGAUUACCUGUCAGAUUGAAGGGUUUACAUUUUAUGAAUUCUUCUCCGGUAAUAGAUGUCAUUAUGAAUAUGAUGAAACCAUUCAUGAAAAAGCAGUUGAUGGAUAUGUUUCAUAUGCAUACCACAAACGACACUCUGGAGAAAUUCAUACCGCUCGAAAUUCUUCCGAAUGAGGCAGGCGGUCAAGCCGGUUCUCUACAGGAGUUACAUGAUAAACAAGUCAAAAAAUUGGUAAAUCACGUUGCUUGGUUCCAAGAGGAAGAAGGUCAUCGCGUUAAUGAGGCGUUACGACCGGGCAAGGCGAAGACAGCAACGGAUUUGUUUGGAGUUGAAGGAAGCUUUAAAAAGCUCGAAAUCGAUUGA